CCGGGAGAGGGAGUGGCUACGGCGGGCCGCGAGGUGCAGCGUUAAUCCCGAGAACAGAAGGAAGGGCCAGGGAGGCGCCGUUGGUUCCGUUCCUUUGCGCCAAACCGGUCUGGCGCUACCUCUUGGUCCCUGUCCCGAGUCCCCAGUGCGGAGCUCCCGCGUCACCCUCCCCUUGAGGCUCGCAGGUGGCGGCUGCCACCCCUCGCGGAAGUGAGGGGCGCGCCCCUCCUGGGCCCUGCGGACCCCGAGCCUCCAUGGGCCGGACCCGGAAGGCCAAUGUGUGCCGCAGGCUGAGUCGCCGGGCUCUGGGCUUCUAUGCACGCGACGCGGGCGUGGUGCAGAGGACGAACCUGGGCAUCCUGCGGGCGCUGGUGUGCCAGGAGAGUACUAAAUUUAAGAAUGUUUGGACAACUCAUUCCAAGUCACCUAUAGCCUAUGAGAGAGGAAGAAUAUAUUUUGACAAUUACCGGUGCUGUGUCAGCAGUGUUGCAUCAGAGCCAAGAAAACUUUAUGAAAUGCCAAAAUGUUCCAAAUUAGAAAAAAUUGAGGAUGCUUUAUUAUGGGAAUGCCCAGUGGGAGAAAUACUUCCUGACCCAUCAGACUAUAAGUCCUCCCUCAUAGCGCUGACUGCUCAUAACUGGCUGCUUCGUAUCUCAGCAACUACAGGGGAAAUCCUGGAGAAAAUAUACCUUGCUUCCUAUUGCAAAUUCAGGUACCUGAGCUGGGACACUCCUCAAGAGGUCAUUGCAGUGAAGUCGGCUCAGAACAAAGGCUCCGCGGUGGCCCAGCAGGCAGGCACUCAGCCUCCUGUUCUGUUGUACCUCGCAGUGUUCCGGGUUCUGCCCUUCUCACUUGUAGGGAUCCUAGAGAUCAACAAAAGGGUAAACCAAGCUAGCCUUGGGUUCAGAGAUCCACCAGUUUCUGCCUCCGAAGUGAUGGAAUUAAAGGGGUGCUCCACCAUACUGCAGGUUUUCCAGAAUGUCACCGAUGCCACCUUGUCACAUGGAAUCCUGAUUGUGAUGUACAGCUCAGGACUAGUAAGGCUCUACAGCUUCCAAGCCAUCAUUGAGCAGUUCAUGCAACAGAAACUUGACUUAGGGUGUGCAUGCAGUCAGGGCGGGACUACUGGGACUGUAGGAGAGGCUCCUUUUGGCAUUCCUUGUAAUGUUAAAAUCACAGACUCACCACCUCCACUCUUUGAAGUUUCAUCUCUGGAGAACGCAUUUCAGAUUGGAGGCCAUCCUUGGCACUACAUCAUCACGCCUAAUAAGAAGAAACAGAAGGGAGUUUUCCAUAUUUGUGCCCUAAAAGAUAAUUCCUUGGCAAAAAAUGGAAUACAAGAAAUGGAAUGUUGUUCACUAGAAUCUGACUGGAUCUAUUUCCACCCUGAUGCUUCUGGAAGAAUAAUACAUGUUGGCCCUAACCAAGUCAAAGUCUUGAAGCUAAGUGAGGUAGAAAAUAAUAGUUCUCAGCAUCAGAUCGCUGAAGAUUUUGUCAUUUGGGCCAAUAGAGAAGACAGAAAGGAAAACUUAAUCACCGUUACAGCUUCUGGACGAGUGGUGAAAAGAAAUGUCAGCCUUCUGGAUGAUGACCCAGAACAAGAGACUUUCAAAAUCGUGGACUAUGAAGAUGAGCUGGACUUGCUUUCCGUGGUAGCUGUCACUCAAAUAGAUGCUGAGGGAAAAGCUCACCUGGAUUUCCACUGUAAUGAAUAUGGAACCUUACUCAAGAGCAUCCCACUAGUGGAGUCAUGGGAUGUGACAUAUAGCCAUGAAGUUUACUUUGACAGAGAUUUGGUGCUACACAUCGAACAGAAGCCCAACAGGGUCUUCAGCUGCUAUGUUUACCAGAUGGUCUGUGACCCUGGAGAUGAAGAGGAAACUGUGAGCAGAAGUGGUUAAGACACUGAAAGCAUUGUAACUUGAGACACUGGUAAAGCCUCAGUCAGCCGUGUCUAGUCCUCAUUAUCUGCAUACAACGUUCAGCAGUAUUUUCCAGAGCAGGUCUUGUGCUAGCUUCAAAGGACUGGGUUGAACUCUUACCACACACAGUGGUAAGGACUCCAUCUUAAAUGAAUGCUCUGUAGGAUGCUGUCCCAAGAGACCCAGCAUUUGAAACUUUUUGAUUAGGUGCUAUGUGAAUAUAAAAUGCUAGGGAACAGAGGACAGUUAAAUUGAGGUGUCAAAGAGGCAUCAUUGGUGCAGGGAUAAUUAAAGUAAUCCUUAAAGACUACUAUAAAGUUUUAAUCAGUAAGGCUAAGAGAAAGAAACAAAAAUAAAAAUAAUAAAUGCAGAAGCCAGGUAUAGUGGCACACAUCUGUAAUCUCAGUGCAUGGCAGGCAGAGCAGAAAGAUGAGUUCAAAGCCAGGGCUAUGUAACCAGUUAGCUAUAUAGCAAAUUCAAAGCCAGCUUGGUCUCUAUGAGACCUGUUUAAAGAUGUCAACAAAAAAGAUAAAGAAAACCCAUAUACUCUGUACCAAACUUUGCUUAAGGAUUAGAAGAAGGAUUUGUAAUGUAAAAUCAUACUUUUGAGCCAAAAAUCACCACCGCUUCCUUGUAAACAAAAAACAACAACAACAAAAAAACCAACCCAGAAGAUAUUAAUUCUAGUUUUCAAAUCAUCAUUUCUCAUAUGGUUUUAUUCUCAUGCCUUGAUGUUCUCAUUGACUGUAGUCUGCGUGUGUAUAAGUACCAGUGCACUUGACUUUGUUUCUGAGGACACAUUUGCAUGUUUAUGUGUAUGCCGGUAUCUUUGCAGGUGUGCCUGCAUAUGUGCAUGUGCAUUUGGAGACCGGAAGUCAACCGGUGGUGUUCUCAAGAGCCAUCUAGUGUGUGUUCUCAGAGAGGGUCUCACUAGGGCCUGCGGCUUACUGUGUACUAGUCUGGUUGGCUGGUUAAGGGCGCUCCUGCCUCUUUCCCAGCACUGGGAUUAAAGGCACACCAUCAGGCCUGGGUGUGUGCGUGGGGGCGGGCAUCAGACUCAGAUUUCCAUGCUUAUGUAGCAGGUGCUUUACUAAUUGAGCUCUCUGCCCAGCAUGUGUGUUAUAAGGACCCCAGACACUUCUCAAAUGAAAGCUUUUCCUCAUUUGUACUUUGUUUAGCUUUUAAUACAGCUAAGGAUGUUUGUCUUAUUUUCUAGUCUAUUUACUGAGUGACUCUGUUUGUUUAGUGAUAUUUUCAUAUAUAUGCAAGAACAUAAGGGGGCCUCUGUUAGGCCCCUUCUGUGCAUUGCUGGCCCCUGGUGGCCUCUUCCUUGUAGCACAAUUGAAACCAAGAGGAGUUCUUUCCUGCCUGGGAGUCAUCUCAUUAGCCAGAGAUUGUUCAUAGAAGGGAUGUUUUUGUUCUGUGUUAGAACCGAUUUAAACAUGACACUUGAAUUCCAGUAAUCACUUUCAGAAUGUUAGAUAAAAACAACCUACAGAUCGGGGAAGCAGUGACUUCAGUCCCUGCCUGAGAAAUCCAGCUGCUCAGCUACACGGCCAUCGCAUUUUCCCAGCUCGUCCUGCAGAGAGUAAAAGAACAGUCAGAGCAGCUACGUCACACCUGUAAACCGAGCACUCAGGGAACUGCAACAGGAAGAUUGCUGCAAGUUUAAGGCCAACUUGUACUAUGUAGCAAAACCUUGUUUUAAACAAAACAAAACCCUUGAACCCAAAGGCCAAGGCAGGACAAUCAAGAAUUCUGUGUCAGCUUUACAUAUAAUGAGUUCAGAGCCAGCCUGGACUGCAUGAGACUCUGUCUUAAUAAAACAUAUAAGAAGAGCAACAAGCCAUAUUUGAUUCAAGUUUAAGGUUAAAAUAAGGAAUUUUAACUUGGAAGAUUUGUAUAAAAAUCUCUCCAUUUUUGUCCUGACCCCAUGUUAAGAAUGGGGUAAAUUCCAAGCCAAUAAGUGGUGGUGCACACCUUUAUCCCAGUGUUUGGUAGGCAAGGACAGGUGGAUCUCUGAGUUCAAAGCCAGCCUGGUCUUCAGAGAGUUACAGGACAGCCAGGGCUACAAGAGAAACUGUCCAGGGUCAGGUAGGCGUGGAGAAUGGUGUGAAUUCUCCAGUCAGCCCUUGAAAGCCAACAAGGGUGCUUCUUGGUGAUUAUGAUCAGCAGGACUAAGGAGAAAGGUGUUAAUAAUUAGUAACUACUCUGUCUAUUCAGUCAAGAAAUAAAGGAAACCUAAAAUCUUUUUGUGCAAAGAAAAAAAUUACAGGUUGAAUAUUCCUUAAGUAAGAUGCUUAGCACCAAAAGUAUUUGUACUUCGAGUUUUCCCUGACUUUAGGAUAUUUGUGGGUACAUUAUAAAAUCUUGAGGAUGGGUCCAAGGUCUAAGUGUGAAAUUUUGUUUUAUGUUUAAUUUGUGUCUUGUGUACAUAACCUGAAGGUGCUUCUUUUGGUAUUUUAAGUAUGCCUAUCCAUGUUUUAACUGUCCCAGCACAUUAGAUCAGGUGUGGAGUUUUGUACUCAUGACAUCAUGUUAGCACUAGUUUCAGUUUUUAGAACAUUUUCAAUUUCUGGAUUAUGGAUAUUAAUAUGCAUUGAUGUUUUAGAAUAAGGCAGAAUAUAUGUGAGCUAAAAAAUUCAUUCUGAAGCUGAUCCUAUUUAGAAUUGUCGCCUGGGAACAGAAAUAAUUACCUCGUAAGCAAGAUAAUAACAUGUUAAAGUCUAAUACUCAGAUCUAGAGACUGAGGAAUUCAGUCUUGUUUUAUGAUAUUUAACAUCUCUAUUUAGUGUCCGAGAGCAUUUUAGAGACAGCAUUGUAAUUACAGAGCAGUCAAUAGUCGCAUUGCCCAGCCCUAUGUGACAUUUACACCUUAGUGUUUUGGUUUUGCUUUGUUGUUUCGGUGGUUUUUGUUUGGUUAGUUUGUUUUCUGUGGUGUGUGUGUGUGUGUGUGUGUGUGUGUGUGUGUGUGUGUACUAUGUAGCCCUGACUACCUUGCUACACUGUGUAGACCAGGCUAGCCUCAAACUCACAGAACACUGCCUUCUUCCACCUUUCAUUGCUGGGAUGCACACUAUACCUGACCCAUUGAAAAACAGGCUUGCGCAACAUGAGUGGAAAACAAAUCCAAGAACACCAGCAGAGAGAAGGGUGAUGCUGUGGGAGGUUAGCUUGCAAGUCCAUUUGCUCUGAAUUUUGAGAGCAUUUAGAACAGGGUAUCUUUAGACUUCAGUCUUGGCAAAGAAUCUUUUUAAGGUAGUAAUUGAAUUUCUUCUCCUUUGUCAUUGCUAUGUAUGUAUAUAUGCAUGUGAUAAUAGAAACUCAUAUUCAGAAAGGCUGCUGAAACAUUUCUCAGAUAUAUGGUGAGAAAAAAGAAUGGGCUAUUUCUAGUCUAACUAUAAUGUGACCACUAAGAAAUUCCUGGUGUGGGCUAAGCCUGAUGGCUCAUAGCUGAAAUCCUAGCAACUUGGAGGCUGAAGCAGGAGAGUUGCCACAAGUUGGAGGCCAGCCUGGGCUGCAGGCUUGCAGGCUGUAUUGAGGUAUACAGCCUCUUGUAAACCAGCUCCAACAGCUCUGACACCCACUAAUGGCCUCCACAAACACCCAUGCAUACAUGUGUUCACACAUGCACACAAAUACAUACAAAUAUACACAGUACACACAGAGAGAGGAAGAGACAGAGCAAGAGAGCUGUGCCCAACUAACAGGAUGAGCUACAGCUGUUUGGUUUUGGCCAGUUGUGACGGUUUAUGGAAAUGUAGACCACAUGAUUGAUAAAAAAGAUGCUGGAAGAUGUUGAAGAUAGAAAAACGAUGGAGAAAAAUUAGCUUCUGCUCAUACCAAGAAGAUGAGCUGGGAAUGUAGCUUAGGUAGAGCACUUGGCUGUCGUGCAUGAGGCCCUGGGUUCAGUCCCCAGUGCUGGAAUGCUAGCCUCAGCAGCAGCAUGCCUCCCAGAGCUCUGGGCUGCCUAGUGUGCAGCCUCUCAGCUCACUCGGGAGGAGGGCUGCUUCUCUCAGCAGUGCAGAUGCAGUCUCAGAGUGACACAGCAGGCUUAUUGUUCUACAGUAUUUGUCACUACUUUGGGAGAAACAAAAAGCAAAUCCUGUCACUGCUGCUAUUGAACUCACAAGUGAGGAGAUGAUUUUAUUUUGUUUAAAUGAAGAUAUUCCAUGGUUUUCCACCAUUUGGGCAUUUUAUUAAACCUUCCUUACUUAAAAGGGGGGGGAUUGUGUUCUUUCUCCCUCCCUCUCUCUGCGCCCCUCUCCUCCUCCCCCUCCUCCUCCCCUUCUCCUCUUCCUCCUCUUCUUCCCCCUCUCUGCUCCCUCUCUUUCUCUCCCUCUCCCUCUUCCCCAACCCCUGAGAUUUUCUGUGUAGUACAGACUGUGAUGAGCCUCCAUGCCCAGCUGUGAUUCUGAGAGGUUUUUGUCUGCUACUGACCUUGACACAUGUAAGUACUCCUACUGAAAGUAACCGCGUCAGGUAUAGAUUGCCAUUGUCUCCGCUGUGCACCUGGGGAAGCGAGGCUCCUGUAACAGUGAGGACCGGGAGCUGCUGUGAGUGUGAGGCGGUCUUUGUUGGUUUUGUGUGCUCUGUCCUCCACCUGGUGCUGAGUACUGAUCAUGAGCCUCUGUGCACACUGGGCACGGCUCUUACUACAUCCCAGCACCUAGGGAGUUGCGUGUGUGUGUGUGUGUGUGUGUGUGUGUGUGUGUUAGUUGAAUUUCCAUUUUUUGGACUAAACUUGCAUAAGGCAGAGUUUAUACAUAAAUUGACAGAAAGAUGGCUCUUCAUUUAAUAAUUGAAUAUAGUUCAGAAAUGAUAAGUUUGUAAUGAAGUAAACAGUAUUAAUAACUACUCUUACUACAAUUUAACUUCUAUUAAAUAAUUUUUGAGUGUUGGCAGAUUUUUGUUACAAGUACAGCUUGGGCUACUUAGUGAAUAAGUGAGUAAGAGAAUAAGCUCUAGGCCAGCCUGGGCUAGAGCCUAUCAAAACAACAACAACAACAAAACCAAUGAUAAUGGUGAAGAUUUUUGCAGUUUCUUCUGUUCCUUACCAUGUUUGUUAACAUGAAACAUUUUCUGCUUCCCGUGGUUCUGUGGAUGGGAUCUCUGUUUCACGCAGAGAAUAAUAUAUUUCAAGCAAGGGCUGUAGUAGAUGAGACAGAACUUUCCCCAUUGUGUUGAGACGAUUUUAAACAUAGAGUAAACUUUAUAUAAUUGUACUGUGUGUAACUAAACACCACAUAGGUUUCAUUCUUUUAUUAACAAUUUUUAGUGCAUUUCAAAAUAAGUCACCCAAUACUUUAUUUAAAUUCUAAAAAUUUAUUUAAUAUUUACGUGUAAUGAAAUACACAGACAUUGCAUAAAUUUGCUGAGUUGUUAUGAUUGUAGAAUCCAAAUCUUUCUCAAAAUUGAAAGCAUCGGAGCCCUGCAUUCCUAGCCGUGCUGGCUUCACCCACACCCACUGUCAUUCCACCUCGUUCCAGGCCGGACUACUUAGCGCAUGACCGUGAAAGUCACCCGAGUUGGAACACCGCUUCUUCAUUACUUUUUAUUCCUGAAUCCUUUAUAUGAAUACACCAGUUUGUUUGUCUGUCUCCCUGUUGAUGGGCUGUUUCUGCUGUUUUUUUCUUACUGUUAUGAAUAAAGCUGUUGUGUUCUUA